CCUCCUUCCUCCUAUACAUUGUUUUUGUGUGUUUCUUCUCUUCUCUGGGUGCCUUCUCUGUUUCUUCAUUUUGUUCUUCUGCUCUAUCCUCCCUCCGCUUUCCCUUUCACCUACUACCUUCCAUUCUUUGUCCCUUAUCUCUUCCCCCUUCUGACUCCUCGCCCAAAAUCUUCCGGCGGAAGGAGGGGUUGGUGUGUGAUUUGUUUCUGGGUACACGGACAGAGGAGCCGAAGAAGAGGAAGAUGACGGGAAGCCAUUCCUUAUCCUGAUGAAACGUAUCUGAAUUCCAUCACCAGCUGUUUUGUUUAUGGUUACAAUGAUGAGAUAUCAGAGAGUAAGCCCAGAUUGUCUCCCUUUACCUAACGGCAAGAAGCCCACCAGCACCGUCGGCACGAGCGGCGACAACGGCCGGUCAAUCCCAAACGGAGUCAGUUCAUCCUCCGCAGGUUACGAAAUCAAAGGGUUCAGAUACAGAUCGCCGUCCAGAACGCAGGAUUUUCACCACCACAGCAGCAGCAGCAAUGGCGGCGUCGGAGUCGGGAGCCCGUCGCGCUCCGACAACGGGCCGAAUCAGAGCCACAAACGAGAGGCGAGCCCACCCAGCCGGGGCGGGAGCGGCGAUAUGUUGCUGCAAUGGGGUCAGAAGAAGAGGGCGAGGGUAUCCCGGUCGGAGAUCCGGGCUCUAACCGAUGAGUCCUCAUCUUCCGGUCAAGCCAGGCAGCAACAAGCCGUCGCCAAUAAGGUCCCCAGGAGACUAGACGAAAGCAAGCUGCCGGGGCCGUCUAUGCCUCCGCCGCCGCCGCAGGCGGCACAACAUCCACCGCAAACUACCAACGGCAGAGGAGGCAACCUGAGGAAAGAAACCGCCGCUCUCCUCACGCAUAGGAAUUUGGAAAAGCGAUCUGCUGGGAAUGGGUCCCCGUCUCGGCCUAGUACUGGUGGUGGAGGAAGUGGCGGUGGAAGUCGGGUGGUUUCUAGAUCUACUACGGCGGGGAAGAGAUCUCCUCCGACUCCAGACAAAGUUGAUAAAAAGGCUCAGCACCAACAGCAGCAGCCCACCUCUCGGUCUAGCAGGGACGAGAAAUUGAAUGGAUCAGCAGGUGCUUUGCUGCAUCAGAACCACCACCAAGCUGCAGCUACUGCUGAUCAUCAUCACCAUCACGGGCACGGCCGCCACACAGAGUCAACUUCAGGCCAAAUGGACCAUGGUGGUGCAGCUGCGGUUCAUAAUAACACAGCUGCAGCUCCGGUUGCGGUGCCAGAAGUGGUGGAGUGGCCGAGGAUUUUCCUCUCGCUGUCGAGGAAGGAAAAGGAGGAUGAUUUCCUGGUAAUGAAAGGCACGAAGCUUCCUCAACGGCCCAAGAAGAGGGCCAAAAAUGUUGAUAGAGGCCUUCAGUAUUGCUUUCCAGGGAUGUGGCUGUCUGAUUUGACGAAGAGUAGGUAUGAAGUAAGAGAGAAGAAGAGUGUGAAGAAGGUAAAUGCUUGAAUCUCUCUCUCAUCUAUCAUGUUGGUGCUGAAAUUAUUAAAUACAGAAAAGGAGGGCAAUGGAAAUGGAGGGAAUCAAUAAGCACCCACUUAGAAUUGUUGGCUAUGAAUGAGAUUAGAUUAGAUUGGAUUAGAUGAGCCUUUGGAUAGAUAGAUAGAUAGAUAGAUAGAUAGAUAGAUCUGUGCCCCCUCCCUUCCGCUGUGUCUUGUAGUUGGGACUUGGUAUGAGAGAACAAGAUCCAGAUAUCCAGGCAGCUAAAGAACGUAGCUUGUUUUGCCUUUUUGGCUACAUCAAGAGCGUAACCUAGGGGAUUGGGAGGAAACUUCAAACCAACCAUUCAAUUCAAUGGGCUGCAAAUUCAUGUGCAUCCCUUUCCUUUAGAGUGGAAAAAAAGAAGAGAUAGGAAUGAUAGUAGGGGCGGUGGAAGGGGACAGAUCUGAUAAUGUGUGGUAGGCGAGGUGGACACGGAUGCCAAUCCAUCCCCCUUCUCUUCUUAGAUCUGGUCUUUCUGUUAAUAGAGUUUUAGUAACGUCAUCAACCAGUUCUAUCUCUCUAAAACUUGUCUAAUAAAGCGAUAUACUUUAAUAUAAUUAAGCAGCCAGGGGGAGUGGGUCAGGUCAAUCUAUAAUUUCUGUAUGCUGUAUUGGAUGGGGGAUUAUUAUCAAUAUAAAAAUAGCAUGUAGAUACAAGUGGUGGUAUUGCAGAAUUAUUGGUGUGGGUCUAAUAUCUCUCAAUUUGUGUUGUGGUUGUGGGGGAAAAGCAGCAGCAGAAACGGAGAGGAUUGAAGGGGAUGGAGAGCAUGGACAGUGAAUCAGAGUGAUGAAUGAAGACAAGGCAGAAAGGAAGAAGAAGCCCAGUUGCUGCUGCCGUUGCCGAAGAGCCGCCGCCGUGUUUUUUUAUUUUAUGGGGGUGAAAAGAAAAGAGUGGGUCAAUCAAAUGAAUAAUUGCUUUCUUGGGGGUGGGGUUGUUUCUUAUGGUUCUCUCCGCCAUUAGAGGAAGAAGAGAGGAGAAGGAGCCCCUCUUUCUCUCUCUCUCUCUCUCUCUCUCUCCAGCCGAGCCGACGGCCUCAGUCGGUCCCCUCCUGCAUCGCUUCCUCUGCUCCUUCCCACAAAACCCUUCUUACUUGCUCGGGUACAUAUAUAUUUACAUCAAUGGCGACUCCUCGUUUGGCUGGGUGGGCGAGGAAAGGGUAGAGGGAAAUGCCAGUGCCGACAUAACCCACUCUUUUCAUGGAAAACUUCACCUGCCCGCCCCCAACUGCACUUGUGCUUUUGUCCGCCCAUUUUCGAAUUUGCCUAUCCAACAAAGACAUUUAUGUCGAAUUAUCUGGAUCGACGUCUCGUGUCUGUCUUGGUGACUUCCAUGAUCAGAUUGGGCUGUCAUGGAGUGCAGCCAUGGAGGGAGGGAUUAGGUUUCAUAUUGUUGUUAUUUAAUAUACGCAAUGCAACGAAGAAAAAGAGAUGAGAGUUGGGUUGGGUUUGGUUGGGUAUGGCCAGCGUGAAUCCACUCAGGCUGGCCAGUGAGUGGGUAGGAUUUUGCCCUUUGUUUUGCGGAUUUUUCUUUGUUCACUUUCCCUUUAUCCUCUUUUCCGGUGAUUUGGUUCUUUCUGUGGGUGGGUUUAAGAUGGAUUCUUUUGUUCAUACUCUCGUUGUACAAAACCCUGCCUCUUGCUGUCCGUUGGUUCACUUGGUUGUUAAAUCUUGGAAGCAAGCUGCCUUGAAUCUCGAUUAGAUUAAUUAAAGCACAGGGGAGCCAGUGACAAAGAUUGCUGUGUUGUAUUUGUAUCCCGGUUGAACCACAGCCAUUAAAUUCUUAAUCGUAAGCUGAGCUGC